CUAGCAGAUUUGCCGUAGGCACCUCUUGCACCGGACACUAUAGCUUUCCAAAAGCAGUGGUUUGAAGGUCUAAUUUCACCUUAAGGUGCCGUUGUUAUGGAAAACACAACACAGAAAGAACCGAGAGGCGACACUGCAGAUCAUCAAGUUGAAUUCAAGCAAAAGAAGUGUAUUUCUACACGGGCUGUUAGGACUGCAGCACUUUUGGUUGGCAUUUUCCUGGCAGCUGUUGCUGUUUUGUCAGCUUAUGCUGCAGGUGCGUUUGAUUCCAAUCCAGAUUUACCGGAAAUUAUGGAAGGAGAGGCUACAUUUACAGCUGAUGACGGCAAGGGGGAAGUUUUCCACGUAAUGAUCGAUUAUAAGAGAAAGCUAAUACAACUAACCUCAUUAAAUGAUCAAGCAGCGUCGCCGCAGUUAUUUGGAAGGCGUCUAAUGUCCUUCGAAGAAAACAAAACAGUAAACGGGACGCGAAUUAAUGCAACAAAAAUCGUCAUACAGGACUACAACGCGAGGCGAAAGUACUUUGUUGUCCCAGAGAAUGGAAAUUCAACAACAAAGUGCAUUUAUACUGAUCUUGAAGGAGAAAUGAUUCCCAGGCAUUUACUGAAGCACGCUACCCUUAAAUCGGAAAGCGUCGAGGGAAAUAUUACCCAUACCCUAUUUCAAGUUGAUAAUGACACUGAUGUGGACGUUUAUCGAGCGAAAGGGUACAAUGGAAAGAUUUACGAGAUUUACUUACAUCUCCCAAACGGUAGCAUUCAUAUGCGUUCCAAGGAAAAGGAAAUGAACUUCACAGACUAUAAACAUCUGAACUGCUACAGGUAUAUUGAAGAGAACGACACAAUUGAGGAGGCCUUCUACCAGUCAAAUGACUCGAAGUUUUAUCAAGAGUCAACCGAAUUCGCAGAUCCUGAGAUGGAGAGAAAUAUUCAGGAAACUUUUCCCAACUUGACUCAGCUGUUGAACCAGACGACAUCAUUUAGCAAUGAAAGUCUGGCUAAUCAACUGCCGAUGACCUCAAGACGCCGCCGCCGGGGGAUUGGAUGGCGUGGAGGGAGAUUGGACUGGUGGUACGGAAACUGGUGUGGGCCUUACCAGGGUGGUUACACUUAUAACCCAAAGCCAUCUUGCAGGGGCGUUUGCAGUACUACAAGCUAUGUGAGUAGCGCCUGUCGUAGGUGCCUCCCGACAAAAGACGGAUUAGAUGAAGCGUGUAUGGAGCAUGACAGAUGUAUUGAACAUAGAGGCGGUGGUCCUUGGUGGUGCCUGCCUAUUGGAAAUCCGUGCAAGUGUGACAGCCCGUUUGUAUGGGAAGCCUUCCGCCAGAUAUGGAGUUGUUCAUCCCUAACCUGCCGAUGGCACGCUUUACAAGUCUUCUCGUCAUUUAUGAGCCUUUUAUCCUGUUGGUUUCCUGUCAGGUUUUGCUUUCCUUGGAUCCGGUUUGUGUGCAGAUGCAAGUAUUGUUUGUGUCCCAGGAUUGUCAUAUACUGGAGGUGCAUUUUUUUUAAGAUGUGCGCUUUCUUUGGUACUGGAAAGAUUUUUGCUUGAUUUGAUAGGCGUAUCUGCAUAACAGACAAAACAUUGUUAAGCCACAGAUUGUCUUUAAAAUAACGACGUUAUGACAAACUAAUUGAUAUUAAAAGUGUUAGUGAUUUUAUAUAGGGCACAAGAAAGAUAGAGUUAGUGUAAUAUGUAAUAUGUAAUAGAGUUAUAUGUAAAUGUUGAUGUUUUUGCGAAUAACCUAAGAGCUACGAACUUCAAACCAAAGCAUGAACUCUUAUGAACAGAGCUGUAAUUAACAUUCAAGAUGAUUUUGAGUACAUAAUUGCCUUUCUUUUGAUUUAAAGUAGAAAGAGUUCUCUUUAGUUUCCUUGUCGAGUUUACAACCCUAUUUUCCAGAUACUACCGUUCACAGUUUGAAUUACUUACGUGGCUAGCAUUCCUGGUAAACCAGUUUACAAUUGUGCACGUGAAUUAUACCCUUAUAAUGGUAAAUAAGUAUCGAGGCAGCUGGAGUUCAGUGAUCGACGGAGUUAGAUCAGAGUUUUUUGAACACAACAUUCUUCAAGUUACGUAACGUUACAGUUUCUUUAAGCCCUUUAAGACAGAAUCAGACGUAAGUUCCAUCCUAUCGUAUUUAGUUUCGUUUUCUUUCCGAUUUCGCUUUUUUUGUAAUUAGCUUCAGCCCAUUUUUAAUCUUGUAC